AUGGCUUCUGCCCGGUACUCGGCUGGUGGUGUCCCUCCUCAACCACGGGAACAUCUCCGACUACCUUCCCUGAAAGACCUCGACUUCCCAUAUCGUGCUCGGUUGGCAGAAAGCGGUACUGCUGGCCAGAGCCAGGAGGUUGCACCGACUUCGACAACUCAGAGAGUGGUCAAUGUCCAUCCCCAAUGGCCUCCCCAACGAUCUCAGCCACCACCACAACAGCAGCAACAGCCAUCUCCGCCAUUGUCUGUGAACGACCAGUAUGCUGCAAAGCAACCUCAUGAUCACUCUGGAUAUACUGCAACGGGAGGGCAGUCUUCAACAAUGGCGGUACAACAAACCCAACAGCCAAUACCGAGGAGGGAAGCAAAGAGGGCUAGGACUAUGCCGUCGUCGUCGAAGCAGCCAGGCCAGACACAGAGCCAACAACAGGCUUCACCGACGGCUUAUGCGCCAUACCAAUCAUAUCCAGCGACAUACCAGGGCCAGUUUGCUGGCUACCAGACUCAGCAACAACAGCAGUAUGUUCAGCCACAACAGACACAGACCCAACCACAGCCAACGACCCAUAACCCUUAUCCCUCGCCUGGGUCCGGUCCACCCACUUCAGAACAGCCUGCCUGGGACCAUAACAGGCACCAAUUUCAGCAGCAGCAACAGCAGCAGCAGCAGGCAACACACGCUCAGAUUCCGCGUUAUGCCCAAUCGAAUGGACACCAUUUUUCUCAACCGCAUUAUCCCUCCUCCUCCUCACCGUCUUCGGUAGUUUCUGCCCAACAGCAACACGAGCAGAUCGCGACUACAACACCACAACAUAUCGUUAGGCAACAUUCUCGCCAACCACCGCCACCAAGUCGUGCCCAACCUCCCCAAAUGCAGACUAUUCAUCCGUCUCAGACGCAACAUACUUCGUCGUCAUCAUCUUCCCAGUCACCCGUCCAGCCACAACCCCAGCAACAGCAACACCAAAUGCUGGCCCAUCCACCGUCUUCUCAAACCCAUCCUUCAUUGACCUUAUCGCAUGCGUCGUCACAAAUACAGCAGCAGCGAUCACAGCAGCCGACGCGACCUGUACCAAUACAAACACCUGCUCAGCCCCAACAACCGUCCCACUCCCACUCCCAUUCCCACUCCUUAGCCCAGGCAAACCAGCCCCCGCCACAACAUGCUCAUCCCCACCAACUACUCCGAAAUCCUCCUUCCUCCACAUCGACAUCUUCUGGUGGGCAUGUUAAUCCCUCUCAUAAUCAUGUUGCGCAUGGCCAUCAUCCGCAACCCCAACCCCCGACACCAACAGGGUCAGGAACCCCAGCACAAUAUAUGACUCGGACCACCGCACUUAUGCCAAUGAGUCUCGAUCGGCACCCCCAGCAGUCCCAGUCUCAACAUGCGCCCCCACGGCCUCAGCCUUCUCCUCACGAUGCGCGACGAGAACCAAGUCAUGGACAUCAUAACAGCUCAAGCAGCAUUUAUGGCGGUGCGGGUGUGGGGAUAACUCCGCAACAGACACAGAAGACUCAGCCAAGGCCACAACCACCUCCCGCCCCUGCUCAGAGGUCGUCUUCUCUGCAGCAAAGACCGCCUGAUCCGCAGCCACAACCGGCCCAGUCUUAUCAACACCCACAGCCGCAAACACACUCCCAACCCCAGCCGCAACAACUGGAGCAAGCUCAUCCUGCUCCUGUUCAACAACAACAUUAUACCCAGCAUCAACACCAAUCGUCGCUUUCGCAGAGUCAAUUACCACCGCAACAGCAGAUCCAGGCCAUUCAACCAGAAUCCUCAGGUGGAAAUGGAUAUCAACAGGGCUAUACUGCGCAUCAGACGAGUUACUCGCCAAGUACAACGGGAUCGAGAAACGAACAGAGCGGGUAUACUACGAGGAACGGGGCUACGAGUAACGACCAACAACCAUCGUCGAGCUAUCGGAGCGACGCGCCGACAUCAUCGUAUCAACCCAGAACUGAAGUUGCUGUCCCGGUCCACAGCGGGUAUACUACGCCCCAAAGUGAUGUCAUGAACGAGAUACUCGAACACUGUAGGAUGCUAUACGCUUUUGCAAGUCGUUACGCGCAAAUGCAGCAAACGUUACAACAAGUCCAGGUGGAUCAGACGGAGAUGGAAGAGAUGGCGCAUCGGGCAAAUGAGGUCGUUAGGCUGUUGGGCGAGCUAAAGCGGAUGGACCAUCUGGCGGCGAAGGCGAAGGAGAGUCAAAACCAGCAGAUCAGCGGCAAGGUUGUUCCGCAACAACUACUACACCAUCAUCAGCCGCAACCGCAAGCGACGCCACAACCGCCCCUGCAACGACGGCCACCGACACCAAAACCUGUGCCAAUGGAGGUGGACCACAGUGCUUCUGUGUCGAUUCCGGCAUCAGCAGAGUCAAGCAGUCGCGCUCCGAAACGGCCUUGGGAGGUCAUGGAAAUGGAUGGCGGUGAGGAGAUCGACGAGUUGGACGACAGCGAAGAAGGGGGUCCGUAUCCUACACCGCCCCCGGUUGUGGCAAACGGCAACGGGAAAACGACUGCGGAGCAAGAUAUGGAGCUGAUUCGAACAAAACGCGCUGCAACUUCAGCAGCGGGGGUUAACGGCGCGCUGCAGAAGGCAAAGUAUCGGAAACGAAGUGUGAGUACUGCUGUCGUCUUGGGUGUGGGGUUUUGGUGGAGUAUCCGGGAGACACCUGAAUGGCGGAGAGGACCGGACGGAGCUCGGACUUUGUGCAAUGCGUGCGGUUUGCAUUAUGCGAAACUGGUACGCAAACGAGAGAAAGAGGCGGCCGCCAAUGGCAAUGGGACACCAGUCAAGAUCGACAUGGAGACACUGCGGGCGUCUGCAAGGGCCGAUCAGGGCGAAAAGGCGGCUGCUUCGCUGGCGAAGAAGAUUGCCGCGGUUGUUGUGCCUACUUCGACCAAACCGAGCGAACCUGGGGAAGAUGUCGAUAUGGAGGAUGACGAUGACGAUGAAGUGAAACAUCCACCACCAAAGCCAGCGCCGACCCCGCAAACAUUCAUUCCCCCACCGCCCGCCCCGCAGUCGCAUCACGAAAGCACUUUCCAGCUGCAACUUUCGACGAAUUUGUCACCUUCGGAUAUCAUUGCGAGAGGGUCGGCGCAACAGAAACAGUCGUCUGCGGUGCACACGUGGGCGAGUGUGCCGCCUAGUAAAGGGGCCCAGAGGACGUAUGCCCCUGAACAACUGUCGGUCCAACACCAGUCGUUUGUCAGGACUUCAACGACAAGCGCGAAUCCGGCACAAGUCGAACUUGUGUCGCCUCCCACGAGAUGA